AUGUCAUAUUUACUUCGUUUUAAUCGAACACGUUCAGCAACAACAAUUAAUCAACUUAAACCAUUAAAAACUAUUCGUUCACGUAGUCCAGAUGAUGUUUUACAUCGAGAAAAGGAACCAACAUCAUACGUCAGUGAAGACGACGAUUCAAAUAGUCGUGUAUCCGCUACAAGUAAUUCAUCAGAUAUGUCAAAAAAGAAAAAAUCUAAAGCAGCAUUAAUAGCAAAAGAUUUUAAAUCUCGUGCAGCAAAUUUAAUACGACGACGUACAACUGAAGCAACUUUAUCAGAAAAAAGUCUUAUACCAUCACGUGAAGAUGUUCAGUCAUGGGAACAAUCAUUUGAUGCACUUUUACGACAUCGAUAUGGACAAGCUUUAUUUCGUGCUUUUCUACGUACUGAAUUUAGUGAAGAAAAUUUAGAAUUUUGGCUUGCAUGUGAUGAUUUUCGUUCAUGUAAAGAACCUAAACGAUCAACAAAAGCAAAAAAAGUCUAUAUGGAUUUUAUUGCGAUCGGUGCACCAAAACAGGUAAAUCUUGAUACCGAAACACGUAUGUCAACUAUAGCUAAUAUUGAUAAUCCACCAAUGGAUACAUUUGAUCGAGCCCAAAGACGUAUUCAAGGUUUAAUGGAAAAAGAUUCUUAUCAACGUUUUCUUAAAUCAGAAUUAUAUAUUAAUUUAUUACGUCGUACAACAUAUCCAAUUCAACGACGAACAACAACUGAAUUAACAUCCAAAUCAUCUUGA